AUGAGCCUUGAAAAAGCAUUUUGCUGUUCUGUUCAGACGGUGCCCAAGGACCUGCGGCAUCUGCGAGCUUGUUUGUUGCAUUCGCUGGUCAAGACUACAGACCAAUUUGAAUAUGAUGGUUGUGACAAUUGUGAUGCAUACCUUCAGAUGAAGGUUAACCGAGAGAAGGUAUAUGACUGCACCAGCUCUUCCUUUGAUGGAAUCAUUGCAAUGAUGAGUCCAGAGGACAGGUGGGUCUCCAAGUGGCAGGGAGUCAGUAACUUUAAGCCUGGUGUAUAUGCAGUGUUAGUCACUGGUCGCCUGACCCAAGGAAUUGUGAGGGAGCUGAAAAGUCGAGGAGUGGCCUACGAAUCCAGAGACACAGCUAUAAAGACCUAGCAAGAUGCAAGGCUGCCAGUGUCUUUGUCAUGGCUUCCUGCCUCUGCUUAUUUAUUGUUCUGAAACUAAAUGGACAGAACUUCAAAUACUCCUCACUCUCUAAUUCUGAGGCUUAACAGACUGAUGAGAGAG